AAUUUCAGUCUCAUGCAAGGAACGUCAUAUAAAUGCUGAGAAUUUUGCAGCCCUAGAGUGUUAAUUAGAUAUACACAACAUAAAGCUGUAUAAACACUAGUAACUAGCUGAAUCAAUAACAUCGGAUGUUUGUCAUAGCUCAUCAAUAUGGGCCAAGGAAGAUCUAGAGAUACAGCUUACGUUUCACCAGAACAGUCUGCGCAGCCUAUUAGAAAAAGUGGUAGCCUAACAAGCCUUGGAAAGAUGGGCAGAAAGUCAACAUUAUCUACAACGAAACGGUCCAGAUCAUUCAAGGAGAACAAAGAAGCCCAGGAAAAGCAGCUAAGAGAAAAGAUAGAAACAGAAGCUAAAGAACUUGAUAAAUGGGUCAGCGAUAGACCAAUGAAGUAUCGUGAGUUUGUGGUGCCAAGUUUGACUGAUUUGGCUGCUGUAGUCGUUGCCAAGGGCCUAUCCAGUCCUUUUGAUGUGGAGGAGUUACCCGUUACACGAGAAAUAAAAUCAGCUAUAGAAUUCAGGCUCAGUCCGACGUUUGAUUCAACUAUAGCCGAUAAAAAAGUGAACUUCACAAAUGGGGGCCGAAGUGCUCAGUACUUGGGAAAAGGGUACAGUACCAUUGUAAUGAAGACACCGUUUGGCUGUGGGUUUCAACAUGGGAGACAUGCGUGGAUUGUUCAUAUAGACGUAUCUCGAGUGCAGGGCUGGAUCCAAGUUGGAGUGGUCAACAAACUUAGAUACGACGCAAAAUGUGAGACGGUUUGGGACGGCAAUCCCCAUCCCUUCAGGCAAGGAGAGAUAGCACGAAGAAAUAACGGCAAUUUCCAUUCGGGGCGAUCCCAACUUGAGGCCACGAUGGUACAGGAGACUAUCUUCCUGGGAGGCUUUGGACUAAGAGACACACUUGCUAUUAAAGUUGACUUUGACACCAAACAAAUACAGUGGUUGAAAAACGGAGAAGCAUAUGGCGGACAAAUUCCAUUUGAAUCCGGACCCCUCUACCCUUCAGUAAGUCUUGACUCGCCUGGUGAAGGCGUGACCCUCGCCUAUUACACUGGACCUCUUGCAUUGUAGCCAGUCUCACUGUAUUUGUGCUUAUGUUCCAUGUUUGUGUUACAAUUAUUGUAUGAAUCAUAUUCCUCUUGUAUAUUUUUAAUACCAUC